CUUCUUUGAAAUUCCUACUAUUAUUCGAUCUUCAUUAAAAUCUUCAUACACCUAUAAAAUGGAUACAAUUGGGCUGAUAUGAAGCACAACGGAUCCUCCCAAAAUCGAUCACAGCAUCUUUCACAUAAAAGAAAUCCUUUUAGAAGAAAGAGACCGUAGCCUUCAUAUAAAAAUGGCCAUUCGUGUGCCUCGAAUCAUUCAGGCCAAAAAAGUUCUCGGUCGAUCAUUCUCCAAUGGAAGCCGCUCGUCAUCAUCAUCGGUAGACAUCAUCCCCAAAGGACAUUUUGCAGUUUAUGUUGGUGAUCAAGAAAAAAGACGAUUUGUUGUUCCUUUAUCGUUAUUAGACCAGCCUUCAUUCCAAGAUCUGCUACGUCAAUCAGAGGAAGAAUUUGGUUAUGAUCAUCCAAUGGGUGGCCUCACAAUUCCAUGUCGUGAGGAUGUCUUCAUUCAUGUCGCUUCUGGCCUGAUCUGCUCAUUAUGACCAAGAAUUUUGCAUUCUAUUCGCUAACAUAUAACGUAAUUUUGUACAGAAGAAAUCACCAUGAAACCUAAGUAUUUGUAAAGCUGUCUCCAAAUUGUAUAUUAGCCAACAUUAAUUUCACCAUUAACAUAGCAAUGAAGAACAUCAUUCAAAUUUGGUUUCUAUA